CCCCCCCUCCCCGUGAUUGUGUGCGCAUGCGUUGGGAUUUUUUGGCGCGCAAACCUUUCAAAACUUCCUGCUUGGUCACAGGUGGCCCCGCUCGGCCUCUGAGACAUGUCUGUCAGUUUGGAGCCGGGGAUUCACGCCCACAGCGUCACGUCCUUAGGGAUUUUCGGUCGAAAUUCCACCUGAAUGGGACAUGGAACACCUGCACAAACUGGAUAUUUGCCCUGUUACGUCUCAAAGGAAGCAGGCGGAGGGCUGGGGGAAGGCAGAGGAGAGAUAUGACUGUGUUCCGAAGGUUUCCCAGUGGCUUAUGGCAUCCUCCAAAGUCCUGUGUGGGAGCUGCUCCUGACCAAGAAGACCCACGGAUCCUGUCCCUGAAAUCAAGUCCCCAUGAAGGUUGUCAUCAAAAAGCUCUUCCUACCUCGGCCUCCCAAAUGUUGGGCUACAGAACUAAGAGGAAAAGAGUGAUUAUGGGUUUUGAUCACAGAAUGGAGACCGACCAGCCCCCUGUGGUUACUGCUACCCUGCUGGUGCCCCUUCAGAAUGGCAGCUGUGUGGAAGCGGCCGAGGCCCUGCUGCCCCAUGGCCUGAUGGAAUUGCAUGAGGAACACAGCUGGAUGAGCAACAGGACAGACCUUCAGUACGAGCUGAACCCCGGAGAGGUGGCCACAGCCAGCAUUUUCUUUGGCGCUUUGUGGUUGUUCUCUAUCUUUGGCAAUUCCCUUGUGUGUCUGGUCAUCCAUAGGAGCCGGAGGACUCAGUCCACCACCAACUACUUUGUGGUCUCCAUGGCGUGUGCUGACCUUCUCAUCAGUGUGGCCAGCACACCGUUUGUCGUGCUGCAGUUCACUACCGGGAGGUGGACCCUCGGGAGCGCCAUGUGCAAGGUGGUCCGCUACUUCCAGUAUCUCACCCCAGGCGUCCAGAUCUACGUGCUGCUCUCCAUCUGCAUAGACCGCUUCUACACCAUCGUCUACCCUCUGAGCUUCAAGGUGUCCAGAGAAAAGGCCAAGAGAAUGAUCGCAGCCUCCUGGAUCUUGGACGCAGCCUUCGUGACGCCUGUCUUCUUUUUCUACGGCUCUAACUGGGAUAGCCACUGUAACUACUUCCUCCCACCCUCCUGGGAGGGAACUGCCUAUACUGUUAUCCACUUCUUGGUGGGCUUUGUGAUUCCCUCUGUCCUCAUAAUCCUGUUUUACCAGAAAGUCAUAAAGUAUAUCUGGAGAAUAGGCACGGACGGGCGGACCCUGAGGAGGACAAUGAACAUUGUCCCCAGGACCAAGGUGAAGACGGUCAAGAUGUUUCUGCUCUUGAACCUUGUGUUCCUGUUCUCCUGGCUGCCUUUCCAUGUGGCUCAGCUCUGGCAUCCCCAUGAGCAAGACUACAGGAAGAGCUCCCUUGUUUUCACAGCAGUCACGUGGGUGUCUUUCAGCUCUUCGGCCUCUAAACCCACUCUGUACUCUAUUUAUAACGCCAAUUUUCGGAGAGGGAUGAAAGAGACUUUCUGCAUGUCCUCAAUGAAAUGUUACCGCAGCAAUGCCUACACCAUCACGACCAGUUCAAGGAUGGCCAAAAGAAACUAUGUGGGCAUUUCGGAAAUCCCUCCCGUGAGCAGGACGAUAACCAAAGACUCCAUCUAUGACUCAUUUGACCGUGAGGCCAGGGAGAAGAAGCUCGCCUGGCCCAUCAACUCAAACCCACCAAACACUUUUGUCUAAUUUCUAAGAACUCCUUCACUGUUAUGUGCCAGAGAUUUAAAAAAAGAAGAAAAAAAGCUUUAACUAUAAAGAGAAUUGAUUUACUUAGUUUUCACUAAACUUCCUUUUUGUAAAAUGUA